GAGUUACUCCACUGGUAGAGGGCUUAGAGCAGGGCGGCGGAUUCCGGCCCCGUACACAGAUUCCACGUUCGGCGUGCCUUACUUACUCAGCACCCAGUCCUCCCGACACUCGCGCCGGCCUGGGGACUGGGGCUGUGACGCGCCUCCCAUUCUCCAGCUCCACAGCCCUCCACGCCCUUGAACUUUGCGCUGUGUGAAGGUGCGGGCUUACGGGGCAGUGGAUUCCCCACCCUCCCACCCCCAGUCGGCUAGGGAAAACCCCUGCCGAAUGGGGAAGAAAGGGGACGAGUGGGGAGAGCCCGGGCCCUGCUGGGGAGAGCCCGGCCGGCCGGGGCCCGGGAUGGUCGGUUAAAAGCCGAGUCGAGCCGAACCGAGCUGGGCCGGCCCGGCCCGGCCCGGCUCAGGGGACCCGGAUCAUGACCACGGGCAACUUUUGGGCCCCGCUACUCUUCUGCCUCCUGCAGAUGGCACCAGGGAACCCAAAGUUGGCCCGUCCACAAAAUGUGACUCUCCUUUUCCGCAACUUCAGUGUAUACCUGACAUGGAGCCCAGGACCCAACUAUCCUCCCAAUGUGACUUAUGAAGUGAGGUAUCAGAGCUUUGAAAAUGUGGAACGUUGGAAAAAGGUCAAACACUGUAUGGGGAUUACCACGGAGGAAUGUGACCUUACCUGCCUGAAGCAUCAGAGUCUACACAUCAAAUAUAAGGGCCGAGUCAGAGCAAUGGCUUCUGGGACUUUCUCCCUGUGGGCAGAAUCUCCCAAGUAUUUGGAUUAUUUAUUUGAUGUGGAACCAGCCCCACCCACACUGACCUGGAUGCGGAACAAGGAGACCUUAAGCAUCAAUGCUACCUAUGAGUUGCCCCCUUGUGUAGGCCCCAUGAACCUGAAAUACGAGGUGGAAUUCUGGAAGGAGGGGAGCCUAAACAAGACAAGGCCCCAGGCCAUGCUCCAUGGGACGAAGGUGAAGAUCAGGCUUCCCUCAGAUUCCACUGGGCGCUACUGUCUGAGUGCACGGACACUCUAUUUAUUAAUCACCCCCAAGUACAGCAACUUCUCCCAACCAAGCUGUUUCCUGCUGGACACCCCAGAAACCCAACUGAGGAUACAGGUGUUGUUGCUGCUAUUUUUCCUGGCUGUUAUUAUCCUUCUGGCCUGGAUGUGCCUCCUGAAGAACAUCUGUUUCCAGCAGGCAAAGAUGCCUCUAAACCUGGACUUUUCUGGGUACACAUGCCCUGUGAAAACCUUGAACCUGGACAGACAAGAGCCCAGCAUCUUGUCCAUCUGCCCUAAGAAUAAUUUAAAGCAGGGAAGAAGACCAUACGCAGGAUCUAGGAGUCCAGGCGUCCCACAGCCAUCAGAAGUGGAGGGCCAUGAGCCUGAGGAUGAGAGUGAAGAGGAAGAAUUUGAGGAUGACAGUGGAACCUUUGAACCUUACCUUGGAGUUGCUCCCCUAAAGGACUUGCUGACUGGAAUGAAGGAAGCAGAGAGAUACACGCACAGUUUACAAUCUGCAGGGUCCCUGACCCAUCCUCCGGGGAGUGAUUUCUCUCCAGUUAUGGACACUUCAGACAGUGGAAAUGUGUCUGACUCUUUCUGGGGAGAAUCAGGAAGCAUGAGCUGUUUGAUGGAGGCUGACCUUGGUGGGGCUGACCUAUCUCUGCCUUCUCCCACAUCCCUGGAGGAAUCAAAGGUUGUCGAAGACCCUUCAGGGGAUAGUUUGUAUUCCAGGGACUCUUUGGAGCCCUCCUCACCUGGGCUGAUACUCCCUGAAGUGCCUCUGGUUUCUCUGAAUUCCUUGAUAAUUACCAUGGACCGAGGAGCCCAGGAUGGGUCUAAGGAAGAGAGGGAUUGUUUUAUGGAGGAGGAAGAGGAGGAGGAGGAGGAGGAAGAGGAAGAGGAAAUGGUUGAUGGCAAUGAGGUGGAGGGCCUCUGGAGUGAGUAUCCCAAGAGAUCUAAGGUCACAGAUUACCAACGUAUACCCUAUAGGCUUCGUUGAGUCAAUCACCACUCUCUCUAGUUGCCAAAAAACCUCUCUCAGUCUUAACCUCCUUCAGAAUUUUUCCUCAGUUUCUCCCAGAUCCCGAGGGACCACUGGAUACUUCAAAAUACUCCCAAGAUUAACUCUUCAGUAUUUGUGGGAUAACCAGACUGCUUCUGAAACCCAUCCUGGAAAAUGAUUUUUCAGUUGUGUUAAAUGGGAAGGAAAAUCCCACCAACGUCACCAUCUGUGUGCUCUUGGCAAAGCCUCUGUGGGCCCAGUUUCCUCAUCUGUAAAAUAAGUAGGAAUGUGCUUGGACUAGAUGACUUAUAGGGUCCCUACCUGCUUUCAAACUAAGAUCUAUGAUCUGGUGCUCAAGAUUUAAAGGUAACUGUGACCAUUUAGUUUAGUUUUUUCAUUUGACAGAGAAGGAAACUGAGGCUCACAGAUACCUCAUGCUACAGAGAAAAGACAUCUGGACCUGGAGUAAGAACAUCAAAGUUCUGGUCACUGGGAGUCUCUGAGGUCCUAGGCAAAUCACCCUUGGGGUCUCGGUUUCUUGAUCAGCAGAAUUCAAUUUAAUUCAACAAUUAUUCAAGGAUUUGCUUUUUUGCAAAGUGCCAUACCAAGUAUCAGAAAUACAAAAACAAAAAUGGAAGUCUCAGACCUCAAAGAGUUUCCAUUUUGAUGGGGGAUACAUAGAACACGUAUGGCAAGCAUGUUCACGCUUAUGGUGGAUGGAGCCUGAGCUGGGCUUUAGUGGAAUCUCAGAAUUCCAAGAGGCAGAGCAAGGAGCAUGGGGGCAGCCUGUGCAAGGACCGUUCACCACAGGCUACUGAGGCACAGGCCAUGCCAGAGUGACUAUGAACAUAGUGAAGAGAGUGCUUUGUAAACCUUACGUGCCCUAUGGAAAUGUGAGGAGGUCUUUGUGUUGUUGGGAGGGUUUUGUUUUAUUUGUGUAUAUAUGUGUGUGUGUGUGUGUGUGUGUGUGUGUGUAUACAUAUAUGUAUAUAUAUUUAUUAUUUAUUUUUAAAAAAUCCUUUUCUUCUUAAAGUUUGAGUUUCAGAUUCUUUACCUUCCUCCCUCCUACUUCUUCCCCAUCUACUGAGAAGCAAAUACUAUAUCAAUUAUAUUUGUAACAUCAUGCAAAAUACAUUUGUAUAGUAACCAUAAGGCAAAAAAAGAGAAAGAAAGAAAGAAAGAAAGAAAGGGAAGAAGGAAGGAAGGGAGGAAAGAAGGAAGGGAGAGGGGGAUAGAAGGAGGAAGAAAGAAAGAAAAUGAAGGGAAUGAGGAAGGAAAGGAGGAGUAGAGGGAAGAAGAAAAAGAGAGAGAAUAUGAAAUUCAAUUUAUACUCAGAAUUCUUCAGUUCUUUCUUUGAAGGUAGCAUUUUAAAUUUAUUUUUUAUUUUUUUGCUGAGGCAAUUGGGAUUAAGUGACUUGCCCAGGGUGUGUAAUACAGAUAGGAAGCAUUAUGUGUCUGAGAUCAUAUUUGAACUCAGGUCCUCUUGACUUUGGUGCUGGUGCUCUAUCCAUUGCACCACUUAGCUGCCCCAUAGCAUUCUUUUUUCAUCAAAAGUCCUUUGGAUUUGUCUUGCACAAAUGUCAAUGACUAUAGUAAUCUGGUGUUUGAUAAAUCCAAAGAUUCAAGUUUUGGGAA